AUAUCAUCAUCAUCUCUUAUUGUUUCCACCACCUCCGUACCCACACAUUCCAUUACCUAUUGUACCCAACCCAAAAUCUCACACACUCUUAACACCAAUUCCAAUUGAAGCCAUGGCCAGUGUGAAGCUAAGCUCUUGUGUUCAUCACUCUGUCAGAAAACCCGGAUCCGUACCCGGGUCGUCCAACACAUGCUUUCUCAAAACCCCACCGGUCCAUCUCCGACAAAAGUUCACGGCUUUAUCAGUCGUCAGAGAAGAGAGUAACACCAGUAUCCUCCACCAAGAAGAAGCACAAAGCCGCCUCAGUUUCGAUUUCAUGUCUUACAUGAUCGGUAAAGCUACCUCCGUCAACCAAGCUCUCGACUCCGCCGUCUCGCUCCGAGAACCGGUCAAGAUCCACGAGGCGAUGCGCUACUCCCUCCUCGCCGGCGGGAAGCGUGUGAGACCGGUUCUCUGCAUCGCCGCGUGCGAGCUGGUGGGCGGAGAAGAGUCCGUCGCGUUGCCGGCGGCUUGCGCGGUGGAGAUGAUCCACACGAUGUCGUUGAUCCACGACGAUCUCCCGUGUAUGGACAACGACGACCUCCGCCGCGGGAAACCCACCAACCACAAAGUGUUCGGCGAAGACGUCGCCGUUUUGGCCGGAGACGCGCUUUUGUCGUUCGCGUUUGAGCACUUGGCGUCGACGACGGGGGUGGCUCCGGCGAGGGUGGUUAGGGCGAUCGGGGAGCUAGCGAAAGCCGUCGGAUCGGAAGGGCUUGUGGCGGGUCAGAUUGUGGAUAUCAGCAGCGAAGGUAUGGACUCGAACGACGUCGGAUUGGAGCUUCUUGAGUUUAUCCACGUUCACAAAACGGCGGUUUUGCUGGAGGCGGCGACGGUCUUGGGAGCGAUCGUUGGUGGUGGGUCUGAUGAAGAGAUCGAGAAGCUGAGGAAGUUCGCGAGAUGUAUCGGUUUGAUGUUUCAGGUGGUUGAUGAUAUAUUGGAUGUGACGAAGUCGUCGGAGGAGUUGGGGAAAACCGCCGGAAAAGACUUGGUCGCCGAUAAGCUGACGUAUCCGAAGUUGAUGGGUCUCGAGAAGUCAAAGGAGUUUGCUGAGAGGUUGAUGAGAGAUGCUCAAGAACAGCUUCAAGGAUUUGAUUCCAAAAAGGUUGAACCUUUAUUGGCUUUAGCUAAUUACAUUGCUACAAGACAGAACUAGUUCAAGUGUGAAUGUUUUCAUUGUUGUCUAAUAUUCUCCGACAAGGGAUUAAGAAACUCUAGAUCCUCUCAGAAAGGUUGAUGUGAACAUUAUGAUGAUCCGUGCUUGCUUAUAGUUUCUGUUACAGAGUCUUGGUUAUAAAGAUUGUGUAAGCUUUUUUACUGUUGAAGAAGAAUCUUUUGUGUUC